AUGCGGUGGUCAUCGUUGAGUCCCCUCCGAUGCAUUGCACUGGUCUGCACUGCAGUCGCCGUCUUCACGACCCCGACUACCGGCGCCGCAGUCUCGAACAAGGGCGAAGGAACCGUCCACGGGGACCUCCGCACCAGCUCCAAGGAAUGGCCGUCCUUGAAGCUCCACUUCACGCUCAAGCGCGGCUCCAUGCAGGUGUACGGCGAGUCGGCGUUCGACGUGUACGCCAACCCGGUCGUGUCCCGCGACGGUCUCAGCGUGACGUACAACGGAUACGCCGACUUCAACGAAGGCCCGACGCUCACGCGCUACAUGCUGGUGGACGGCGUCGCCUACGCCACUACCACGACCGAAACCAAGACCGACGAGGACCAAUCCCAGACUCAGACCCAAACCCGAAGCGACGUCAGCUCCGGUACUUCUUCCACCUCCAAGUGUCUGGAGUCCAACAUGCUGCCGCACCUCGACCUGAUGAUCCCCGCGCUCAACGACGCCACGUCCGUGUACAACGCGACUCUGGACGGCAAGCGCAUCAAGUGCUCGGCCGGGAACCUGUUCAAGCUCAAGUUCGGAGGACUGAACCUGGCGCUGUGCGCGUCCGGAGCUGAAGGCGUCCACGUUUACGGCAGUGACAUGGAGAUCACCGUCAACGAGUGUGAGAAGGUGGUGAACGCCACGGCGGUGACGUCCACCUCCGCCGCGCUGCUCACGGGCGAGCCGAUCCCUGAGAGCGAGUCCCGCAGUCUCGACUUCGGCUCGGACGUCGACCUGGUCUCGGCCACGUGCAAGUGCCGCACGACCCCGCGUCCGUGUCUGUUCAUCCACGGUCUGGGCAUCGACUACGCCAAGGAGGAGCUGCAGGACUCGUUCGACUACUACUGGGGCAACCUGAGCGACCACGCGCCGUGCUGCACCGCCUUCAAGUACAUGAUCUGGAACUCCAUGGAGACGGGAUGGAACAAUGAGACUCAGCAGCAAACGUUGUGCAACCUCGCGACGUCGCUGGUCGAGACGGGCCCCCCGACCGAGAUCACGGACACCAUCAUCGUCACGCACUCCAUGGGCGGCCUCAUGCUGGCCAGCGCCAUCGCCAACGGCAAGUGCAGCCUGGGUAACAGCAGCUCGUGGAUCGCCACCAGUCCGCCUAUGACGGGAAGUAUGGGCUCCGAUUUCGCCCAGGAGUCCUGCGCUGGCGAGCACACGGUGCUGAUGGAGGCCCUGGGCAAUGUCACGGGUCAAUGCCCCGUGCUAGGGGCUACCCUGUCACUGGCUUAUGAGGACGAGGAGCACAGCUCGACCGAGCUCAACACCCAGUACGAGGCCGCGCAGGAGGUCUACCAUACGCGCGUUCAUGCUGUCAUGUGCAGUAACGGGUACUCGGGACUGUUCUCCGUCUACCAAGCCAUGUACUGCCUGCUCGGUGCCGGGCUACCCCACAAGUCGGGCAAGAACGACGGCAUGGUGGAGUUCCAGAGCUGCGCCGGAGGAUUCCCGCUCGAGCAGUUCGGUGACCAUUAUCUCGAUCAGUUCUACGUCACGAAACUCAACCACGCCGACACGACGUUCUACAACGGUGACGGGCUCUUUAGCUCGGCCAAGAAGCCCGUCAAGUGGUUCGAGUGCGUGCUGUAG